AGGCGGGGACGCGCAGGAUCAGGCCGCUCGGAAGCGGCGCAGGAGUUGAGUGGGGCCGGCGAGCGAGCGAGUGCAAAGCUCUAUGAUCUUUGGAGUGUGUGUCCGUCCACAGCUCGCUCCCCGCCCUCCAGUUGCAGGCGGCCCUUGGCCCGUGUCCAGGGCGGGGCUCGGUCCGGUCCGGUCAUCCCCCACCGACCCCGUCUGUCGUCCAUGUCCCGGAGCUCGGACAUCAGUGAGUCCCCUCUCUUCGUUUGUAAAUAUGCUUUUGUCUUGUGAUCACCGUGACAAUGAUUUGCCAUCAGGAAGGCUUAAAUCUGAAGCAUGAAACUCUCUAUAAUGCAGUUGGUUCCUGUCUACUGUUUGUUCACACUCGCAGUACAAGGCCAAACUACUGUGACACUUAAAGCACCAAAAUUUGUUGGUCUAGAAAUUGGAAGUCUUCGAAACAUCAGCGUUACUCCAAGUGAACCUCUGCAGGAAAUGUUAUUUGUUACAUUUAAUGUGACAUUCUCCUCCAAACAGGCUUCAGUUGUUGAACUUCCAAAAAAUAUUACAUUGCCCACUCACUCAAAUGCAACAUUUUUCCAAGUUAAAGGAGUUGGAAUUGGCCGGGUCACCGUAUUCCUUGAAAGCAGCAAUGGCAGCACCAGCAAUGUGACCGGAACUCUGGCAAGAAUUCAUUUUCUGGUAAUGCAGAGCAAUGCUAUGGACCUCUUGAUUCAAGUGAUUGGCUGGGUUUAUUUCUUUGCCUGGUCUAUCUCAUUCUACCCUCAAGUGAUUGAAAACUGGAGACGUAAAAGUGUGGUUGGAUUGAAUUUUGAUUUUCUGGCGCUGAAUCUGACUGGUCAUAUUGCUUAUGGAAUGUUCAAUGUCGGUCUCUACUGGAUUCCUCUUAUUAAGAGUCAGUUCAUGAAGAGUAAUCCAGGAGGGAUAAACCCAGUCGGAGCCAGUGACGUCUUCUUCAGUCUUCAUGCCAUCUUGCUGACAGCAUUUACAAUCUGUCAGUGUUUCCUGUAUGAGCGAGCUGAGCAGAAAGUGUCGAAGAUUGCUACUGUACUUCUAGUAGCUACCUGGCUGUUUGGUCUUGUCACCCUGUUUGUGACCAUUGCCAACAAAAUCACGUGGCUGCAAUAUCUUUACUAUUUCUCCUACAUCAAACUUGCAAUUACACUGAUCAAGUACAUCCCCCAGGCCUACAUGAACUAUCGAAAGAAGAGCACACUGGGCUGGUCCAUUGGGAAUGUGCUGUUAGAUUUUACUGGAGGCAGUUUGAGCAUCGUGCAGAUGUUCCUACAGUCGUAUAAUAAUGAUGAAUGGUUGCUGAUUUUUGGAGAUCCAACAAAGUUUGGCCUUGGAGUAUUCUCAGUUUUGUUUGAUAUUCUCUUCAUUGUCCAGCAUUACUGCUUGUACAGACACAAAUCUGAUGACUACAGGUCAAUGAGUGAGGAUAACUGAGACUGAUCCUGCACCACAUAACAAGAACUGUAACAGAACCACUCAGCAAGUCAGGCAGCAUCAUGAAGGGAAUUCUGGAUUUUAGGUUUCAGGUCAAUGACCUUUCAUCAGUGCCAGGAAAAGUUAGAGAUGGACCAGAUGUGAGUGAAGAAACUGGUGGAGAGCAAAAAGGAAUCUGUUAAAUAGCAGAAGACAGCAGACAUUGCAUGUGCACAAAAAGAGAUGUGUGCAGAGCAAAAGGGGAUGGUAAUGAGACAAAGAAGGUAAAGGUCAUUCUGGAUGGGCAUAAAUGGAAGAAGUCUGAUCUUAUCUGAAAUUAUCAGUGGAAAGACUGAAAUAAAAAUGAUAAAGAUAAAUUUUA